GAGCUUGUGUCAUAGAGAGAAGAAAAGAAAAAAGAGAGAAAACACAGACAGGUCGAGUCCUCUGUUUCUGUUCAUUUGCUCUGUUUCCUCCUCCUUUCUGCAAGUUCAUUUGGAAGUUGUGGAGAUAAGGAGGUUUGGUUUCAAUGGCGGCUUCGCUUAGCGAAGAUCUAAUCAUCCUGAUCCUGCAGUUCCUCAACGAGGAAAAGUUCAAGGAAGCUGCUCACAUGCUCGAGAAGGAAUCAGGACUAUUCUUUAGCAUGAAGUACUUUCAGGACCUGGUCCUCGGUGGGCAAUUUGACGAGGCUGAGCAGUAUCUUUCAGGCUUCACCAAAGUUGAUGGUAAUCGUUUUUCCAGGAAGACAUAUUUCGAAAUCCGCAAGCAAAAGUAUCUCGAGGCAUUGGACAAGCGUGAUAGGGACAAAGCUGUCGACGUCCUCACCAAGGAGCUCAAAUUUUUUGCCUCUGAAAAUGAGAAUUUGUUCAAGGAUAUCACUUACCUGCUGUCAUUAGACAAUUUCAGGGAGAACAGCCAAUUAUCAACUUACGGAGAUACAAAGACUACAAGAAAAGCUAUGAUGGUCGAGCUCAAGAAGCUUAUUGAGGCAAACCCUCAUUUUAACGGCAAGUUGGAGAUUCCUGACGUUAUAAAUUCAAGGUUAAGGAUGCUCAUUAAUCAAAGCUUAAAUUGGCAACACUCCCAUUGUUCAAAUCCUAGCAGAAAUCCUGACAUAAGAACUCUUUGGGUGGAUCACAGUUGCAGAAAUUCUACUGAUCCACAUACACAACUUGCUACAAGCAGUCAGCUUGCAGUUUCUGCACAAAACACAGAAGGUUUCAUUCCGUGGUCUUCAAAUGGGGCAUUCCAACCUACAUUAAAUCCAUGGUUGGCAACUCUUUCAAGCAUGAGUCAUCCAGUAGUUUCUGGCGAAGGUGUUGGUUUGGGUGGCCCAACAAAUCUCGCUGCAAUGUCGAAGGGUCCUGGGGAUUCUGAUAGUGUGUCAAUGGCAAGGCUCUUAGCAUUUCCUGACAGGACAAUGCUACCAGGAACGAGUCUCUCUCCAAUUACUGAUUUUCAAUUAAACGCUACUGAAGAAUUGCCCAAGACUGUUGCACGCUCAUUGAACCAAUCAUCAGUUCCCACAAGCAUGGACUUUCAUCCUGCUCUACAAACUUUCCUUCUGGUUGGAACCAACGUUGGUGAAAUAAGUUUGUGGGACGUUAGUUCUGGAGAGAAGAUGGUUUCAAGAAAUUUUCAGGUGUGGGAUCUUGGAACAUGUUCGAUGCCAUUGAAGGCAUAUUUAAUCGAAGGUUCAUCUUUCUCAAUAAGACGCAUCGUAUGGAGCUCGGACGGUUCUGUAUUUGGAGUUGCAUAUUCUAAACAUAUGAUACAGUUGUACGCUUAUCAUGGAGGGAAUUACAUUCGACCGCAUUUGGAGAUUGAUGCUCACGUUGGCGCUGUGAAUGAUCUAUCAUUCUGUAACACCAAUAUGGAAGCUGCUUUUGUUACUUGUGGUGAUGACAUGACCAUCAAGGUGUGGACUGUACUUACUGGUGCUAGGUUGUACACAUUUGAAGGUCAUGAGGCAGCGGUACAUUCUGUCUGUCCUCGUUCCAAAGAAAAUGUCCAUUUUAUCUUUUCAACCUCCGUGGAUGGAAAGAUAAAGGCAUGGUUAUACGAUUCAAUGGGAUCCAGCGUCGACUAUACUGCUCCCCGUGGUGCCUGUAUGACAAUGGCCUACAGUGCUGAUGGGAAAAGGUUAUUCUCAUGCGGAACCACAGAAGAAGGGGAGACUCACUUGGUUGAAUGGAAUGAAAUCCAAGGUUCUGUGAAGAGAACAUAUCAAGGAUUUCACAAGCCAUCCUUGGGAUCGGUGCAGUUUGAUACUUCUAAUAGUCGCUACUUGGCAGCUGGUGAUGACUAUUCAAUUAAGUUCUGGGAUAUGGACCAUUGCGUGCUUUUAGCAACUGUUGAUGCUGAGGGAGGACUACCGGCAUGUCCACGUAUCCGCUUCAACAAGGAGGGCUCCUUGUUGGCCGUUGCUGCAAAUGAUCAUAAGAUAAAAAUCUUAGCAACAGUUGAUGGUCUUCGAUUGAUUGGUACACAGGAAACUCAUCCCCUUAUUUUUUCAAGACCAGCAUCUGAUGCUCCAGCAAGGAAUGAUGACAUAGAAAUGGAGGAUAUCAGAUCAAGAUCAGCUGAAGAAGUAAACCCAGCAAGAGCAGGCAAGCUCAUCAAUAAAAUUAGUGCACCUGCUCAAUUUCGUUCACUGAAACUCUCAGCUGAUGUUGAAGUAGAUGAGAUCUCAAGGUUGAGUUAUACUAAUUCAGCCAAUGGCAUUUUGGCAUUAGCAUCUAAAGGCAUUCAUCUACUGUGGAAGUGGCCACAAGCCAACCUCAAUUUCAAUGGGAAGGCAACAACAAAGGUUACCCCUCUAUUUACAGUACCACCAUCUGGCAUGUUAAUGACCAAUGAUGUGAUUAAGGGUAGUUAUGAUGACGCUCUGCCCUGUUUUGCAUUGUCCAAGAAUGACUCUUAUCUCAUGUCUGCAUCAGGAGGCAAAAUCUCCUUGUACAACAUGACUACAUCAAAGACUAUGACAACUUUCCUGGCUCCACCACCUGUGGCAACAUGUUUUACUUUUCACCCUCAAGAUAACAAUAUAGCUGCUAUUGGCAUGGAUGAUUCUACAAUUCACAUAUAUAAUGUUCGCCUAAGCCAGGUCAGCGCCAGGCUUAAUGGUCACUCUAAGAGAAUCACCGGCCUUGCCUUUUCCCAUCAGUUAAAUAUACUUGUUUCUGCAGGAGCUGAUGCACAGAUCAUUGUGUGGGAGUUUGGUCGUUGGGAAAGUAAGAAAAAUUUUUUCUUGCUAACUCCAGGAGAAAGGAGACGCAUAGGAAGGUCAGACACCCAGGUUCAAUUCGACAAGGAUCAGAUACACUUGGUUGCUGCGAAUGGCAAUCAGCUCGCCAUAUAUGACAUGAGGAAACUGGAGUCUAUGAAGCCGUUUGUAGCAAUAGAAGUUCCAUCAGCAAUCUCCCAUGCAACAUUCUCCUGUGAUGGUCAGUUGGUGUACUGCAGUUUAUUGGAUGGAACAGUGCGCAUAUUUGGGGCACCAAAUCUUCAAAUACAAUGCCAGAUAUACCCCACUGCUUAUCUUCCCUCUGAUGCCAGAUCGCCAGCACAUCCGCUCGCGCUUGCCGCACAUCCCCGAGACCCUAACCAGUUUGCCAUGGGACUAGCAAACGGCAGCGUUUAUAUCUGUGAACCGCUCGAAUCUGAGGGUAAAUGGGACGUGGCCUAACAUACUGAUGACAUGAAUGGAGCUUCAAGCAGCAUUCCUCCUCCCUAGUGUUAGACCAACCCUAGGGCUUAAUAUUGGAACUUUGAGUCAAUCAAUACAUCUGUGUAUAUAUUUGAUUUAGUUUUCUCUUUAUGUAAAAACUGGUAGACAGAUUGAGUUUAUCUCUCUUCUAUAAAAAAAAAAAAAAGAAUAAUGGUGGCAGGUUUA